UGUCAGCCUCGGAUUACAUUUGGAUUACAUAGCCUCUUGUCUGCGACGAUGAGGUUCAUAAAGCCAGCAUGGGUUACACAUAAAGAUAACUCCAAGAGUGACCAGGAUACCAAGCGACAGUCCGUAUUUUCCAUCCACGUUCACCCGGAUGGCUCACGGAUUGCAACGGGAGGUCUCGAUGCCAAGGUCCGCAUUUGGAGACGUCCACCAAAGUCUCUGUGCACCCUGAGCAUGCAUACUGGCCCUGUGUUGACAGUUCGGUGGGCCCAUUCAGGCAGAUGGCUUGCAAGUGGAAGCGACGAUGAGAUUAUUAUGAUCUGGGAUCUUGAUCCGUGCGUCACUGUUAGCAAGCGGAUCAGAAAGCUGGACCAACACAAUGGCUUCGUCAAGGGAGUGUGCUUUGACCCUGUUGGAGAAUUCAUGGCUACUCAGUCUGACGAUAAGUCUGUGAAGAUAUGGCGGACAACUGAUUGGGAGUUGGAGGCGGAGAUCCGAAAGCCAUUUGAGGAUUCACCGGGUAGCACCUUCUUCCGCCGACUGAGUUGGUCUCCAGAUGGUGCCCACAUCACUGCAUCUAAUGCUACCAACAAUAAGGGCUUCGUUUUCAUUGCGGCUGUUAUCACGCGAGGCUUAUGGACGUCUGAAAUAAGUCUGGUUGGUCAUGAAAAUACGGUAGAAGUUGCUGCGUACAACCCGCACAUAUUUUUGCGGAACCCCAGCGGACCCCUUGUGACAUCGAACAUAUGUUCCGUUGUUGCUCUUGGAGCUGAUGACCGAUCCAUCUCUAUCUGGCAGACAAAAUCUGCCCGACCUCUGAUUGUUGCAAGGGAAGUGUUCGAGAGGCAGAUCAUGGACCUGAGCUGGUCGCGAGAUGGUCUCACGCUGUACGCCGCUUCGUCUGAUGGUACUAUCGCGGUGUUCGACUUUGACCCAGAGGAAUUGGAUGGUAUAGCACCCUUCACAGCACAGCGACAAUAUUUGCAGAAAUUUGGAUUUGUUCCACCGCCGGUACCAGAGGGUUUCUCGCACGGCACUUUCUACGGUGACAAUAAUGUUCCGUCGUCUCGUAUUACCCCACCGCCUUCCCCUCAGUCGCGAACAACGGAACGGCUUCAGUCUCAAACCGAAUUUGGACCUGACACCGCCAACGGUGGCACUGAACAAAUCAACAGGCUUGUCGCUAAGAAAAGCAACAAAAAACGUGUCAAGCCUCUUCUCAUGUCUGAUAUACCUUCAGCGUCAACAUCUGAUAACAUCGUCAAUGGUGUUACUACUCAAGUACCUACCUCUGUUGUGAACCAACCCUCGAGGGCAACCAACGGUGCAGGUCCAUCAUUUGCUCCACCCGAGUCUCGAUAUUCCGUACCCAGGUCUCGUCAUCCCUCUCAUUCCACUUCACCUGCGCCAAGUAUGCUGGGUUUCGACGCAGAUAUCGAGAUGGGCGGACCAAUGGACAUGGAUGUCCCCAUUGACGCCAUCGGUACUUCAUCGUCCCCAGGAACGACUAGGGGGAAGAGGAAAGCAUCGGCGUUGGAAGGGGACGAUCGUCCCGCUCGACCUCGAACUCUAGGAGGCGACCGACCUAGGGAGGUUGUUGCAGUACGUGAAAUCAUUUCAGGGAGACACGAGAAACGGCAUGAUUUGUUGCCUGUCCCUCCUGUCUUAACGUUCUUGAGCGCAAAGGUGGAUGGUGGUGAAGACGUCCUGGAAGGAAAGAAUUCUGAAGAUGAUGGUCCAUCGGAGGUAACCUUCGUGAGCGGCAAACAGACACAAUGGCUUGAUUAUGUCCAGUCCCCCAUAAUCGCGUUGACGGCAUCUCCGGCUUUCUGUGCAGUGGCAACACAAGACGGUUCAGUAAAUGUGUACUCGCAUACGGGCCGGAGAAUAAUGCCCAUCAUAACUCUUGAUGCACCUUGUUCUAUGAUUCACAGUUGCAAGACAUCGCUACUGCUACUCACUGUUACUGGGCAACUUUCGUCAAUCAAUGUCAAGUCGCACUCGGCCUACUUCCCUUCCGCUUUCAUCGGCUGCUUGCUACACGCCCCGGACAGCAAGGUAGUAGCUGCCACUGUGCGCCACAAUGGAGCACCUGUGCUACAACUCUCUUCUGGUGUCGCAUACACCUACGACUCACAGCUUCUGCAAUGGGCCAAGUUAAGUGACCGCUGGUGGUCAGAAGGCUCAGACGUGUGGCAAGGGCGACAGCGUAAUACCAAGGAUGUUAUCGCUUCCAUCGAAAGUGCAAUUACUGCCAACACAGAUGACAAAGCUAUCGACAAAAAACGACCGGAGUGGUGGAAUGCAGCACUGACUCUUGGGCAUCUGGAAUCAAAACUACAUGCGACCAAGGCGCUAGACUGCCCAUCGGAGUAUAAACAGGCUCUCUUACAAUACGCGAAGAAGCUUGCAGAUGAGGGCUUCAGAGCCAAAGCAGAGGAGUUGAUCAAAGAUAUGUUUGGACCCGUUUAUUGGAACCCCACGAGAAAGGAGGAAAGCUGGUCACCCACGGUUGUUGGCUUGACAAAACGUGACCUACUGCGCGAAGUUCUAUCUGUGUUUGCCAGGAGCAAGACUCUGACGAAACUAGCUCUGGAUUGGCAGGACACGCUCCGGAAGGCCUCGAACGAAGAGCUAUCCUAGUUGAUCUUUUCUUUUGACUUGUGUUUGUAUGAUUAAAUCGAUUGUUACUUCGGUUUCCUAUCUGUACAAAACGUUGUCCUCGUAUCCUUUAUAGAUUACAGCAGCCCUGCUAUCGGUCGUUCAUUGUCCUUCUAGCCAAGCAGUAAUAGACCGCGCAUUGUAAGAACUGCU